CCGCCAUAUUGGCCGGGUCCCUGGGCGCCGCCAUGUUGUGAGUCUCUUUCUCAGCAGCAGCUGCUUCAGCCAGAGAAGGAAGGAAGGAAGGAAGGAAAGAAGGAGAGAAGAGAAAGAGGAGGAGAGGGAAGAGGAGAGGGCCAGCCAUGUCUGAGACCUAUGAUUUCCUCUUCAAAUUCCUGGUAAUUGGAAGUGCCGGAACCGGGAAGUCCUGCCUCCUCCAUCAGUUCAUUGAGAACAAAUUCAAGCAGGAUUCUAAUCACACAAUUGGGGUGGAGUUUGGAUCAAAGGUUGUGAACGUUGGUGGCAAAACAGUGAAGCUCCAGAUCUGGGAUACAGCUGGGCAAGAGCGGUUUAGGUCAGUAACAAGAAGCUAUUACCGGGGAGCAGCAGGGGCUCUCUUGGUCUAUGACAUUACCAGCAGAGAGACAUACAAUGCCUUGACCAACUGGUUAACAGAUGCCCGGACUCUGGCCAGCCCCAACAUAGUCAUUAUUCUCUGUGGCAACAAGAAAGAUCUGGAUGCUGAUCGGGAAGUCACAUUUUUGGAAGCUUCGCGUUUUGCUCAGGAGAAUGAGUUAAUGUUUCUCGAGACCAGCGCCUUGACCGGGGAGAAUGUAGAAGAAGCUUUCUUAAAAUGUGCCCGGACUAUACUGAACAAAAUUGAAUCAGGUGAACUUGAUCCGGAGCGGAUGGGCUCAGGCAUCCAGUACGGGGAUGCUUCCCUGAGGCAAUUGCGGCAACCGCGAGGGACCCAAGCACAGACCCGACAGCAAUGCAACUGCUAGAGCCAAAAUUCAAGCACGCUGAAAACUGUCUUGCAAGUGCUGGAAUUCAGUUGCGCUGGACCCAGGGCUAUAUGAAGCACCUUCUUCCGUUCCAUCACCCAGGACUAUGGGUUUUGUUGGCUGAAGCCCUCUUGAACCAUUCCAAGGAACCUGGCGCCGUCUCCAUGCUGCCACCGCCCUCUCCUUCAUUCUCGCCUCACGUCCUGAAGAGAAGAAGCUUUGCAAGUUCAGUUCUCAGACAGGCUUCCGUGCAGGAGGUGUGUGAGGGAGACUCUGGCUUUGGUCCACUUGGGCAUCUUUUCCCAGAUGAAGGCCAAGCCCUUCUGGCCCCCAGUGACUGUAAUGGCUUUGAGGUCAAGGGGUGACAGUUUCACAAAAGAUAGUGGGGGAGGAUUGCUAGAAGAAAUCUGAGCCUCUAUCCUCUUCUGUACUCUAUGACUGCUUUUGAUUGUUACAACAAGAAAAUAUGUUUCUGGCUAGAGGGGGUGAGAAAGGGGUGCUUGUGGCACUUUGGAGAUAUUCAGUUUCUCUCUCCUCUCCCUCUUAAGCGUAAAUCUUCAUUCCAUUGGCAUGUUUUUUUCCCCCAUUGCACAUGAGAGCACAUGGAACAUCAUAGGGGUUCUAGAUGCCAUGGAAUGGGGGCUGCCCUUACAGCUAUUUCUAAAUAUUCUGCCUUGGUAGCGAAACCAAAUGACCCCUCUUCUCCUCCUUCAUAGCAUCUCCGGUGCUUGCCCUUCUAGUAUGGGGUCCAGCCUAAAUUAUUGUUCACACCAGGUCCACUUUUGGUAUGUGUUUGUGUGUGUUUCAUUCUUCGGUGCCACCUCUCUGAUAGCACCUCUUAUGUUUUUUUUUGAAGCCAUAGGUUUGUCCCUUUUCAGGGCACUUUCUCACCCUUCUCUCCCUCCCACCCAUCCCCAAUUUAUCCCCCUUUCUUCUGCUGGGGCUGCAGCGAAGGAGCCAGGACAAGGCUAAAAAAAGGCUGCCCAUGAAGUGGUUGCGUCCUCACCACUUUGUGAGUGGUGCCAGCUGAAUGAGAAAUGACAUUGUGUGCCUGCGUUUGUGUAUGUGCUGAAUCAGCGCAACUGUUUGCUGGAUGUUCCUAGUUUGGUCUGACCACCUGUAAUAAGGAGUCCAGAACUUCUGAGUAGAAAACAUUGCCUAUGUGAUCAUGUCUCUUGUAAUGGAGGAAGGAGGGGAGUGUUACAUGUUUGUCCUUCCCUUGAGACUUUUACAGCCAUCUGCUGGUGUUAUCUUAGAUUCCUGUUGGCUGUCAAGGGUGGCAACAAGCCCCAGCACUUUAAAACCUUUGACCAGGCAACCCUGAACUGCUUGUGAGUUUUUAAGGCCUAGGUGCUUAGAAAGUCCAGGGUUUUUUGGUGAGUUUUCAAGGCCCAGUUGUUUAAAAGCGUUUCUUCCUCUUCAGAAAUGUUCAUUGCUUUGGCUUCCAUCACGAGGGAUGAUUAAGAAUUUCACAUGGCCCUUUCAUUCUUUCUUUGAGACAGUUGCCUUCAGGUGGGGCUUCCUUUCUAAAAGGAAAUCCAGUUUUCAGGCCUGUAUCCUUCAGAUCUAGCUGUACAAUUGGAUCUGCCAUUCAUAGCCUUCCAUAGUUAAGGGUGGAUUGGCUGCAUGGGAGCAGGAGGGGCUGAUGGUUUGGGUUAUGGGGACUCUUUGGGAAGAAUGCCAGUGAGCUAAGUAUUUCCCCUGCUAAGUGGGAUUUUCUUUCUUGUCUAACAACCAGCUAAGGUGGCCUGUGAUAUCUCUUCCAAGUGUGGCUCCAUUUUUGGCCAGUAGCUGCCACCAUGGAACUUGUUUGUCUAUCCAGUGUUGUGCACCAGAAUGCCUUUAUUUGAAAGCUUCUUUGCUGUGAGUUGAUCUGUAUUUUCACUGUGCCCUCUGGUGUUUGGCUUUUGAGUGUGUCCUGGGACAUGACAGAGUGCCAGUUGUCAUAAUAAGUUUGGGUUCCUUUGGAUGUGUUUACUGGGGAAAGGGGCACCAUUGGGACAUUUGAUCUAAAGUAAAAGUGAAGUUGGGUGGCCAACUGGAGGCUGGCACCUUCUAGUGUUUCGGUUUGAUAAUGGAUGCUGAGUAUGAUGGUAGAUAAUCCAGUGCCUCUAAGUACACUGCCCCCAGUCCCAGUUCUUAACUUUACUGAUACUGGGUUGGAGGGAUGGGAAAGUAUAUGAUUUGCAGAGUAGCCUCUGCUUUUCUUGUAUUCUGCUAGAAUAUUUUAGUUGGUACUUCUUGCAUGCCUUAUGAGACAAGAUAGCAAGCUUUAUUAUCCCCUUUCUACCCUAUCAAACAUCUUCACAUUCAAGCACUCCCCAAUGUCCAAGACGAAGAAAUGAGAGGCAGCCUACUUUGGAUGCUCUUUGUUGCUUUUUUAAAAGUGUAAUGUUUAACUUUGUUAUUUAUUACUUCUCUGUCAGGGUAGAAGCCCACUGUCACAUCAUCUGCUUUCCCUCCUCCAAUCCCUCUACAAACAACCUCUCUCCCAAUUCCUUGUAAUCUCCUUUGAGGCUUGUCAAGGGAUGGGCAGGGAGAAUUUGGAUAUGGUUGCUUUUAAUCUGGGGCUGAGCAGCUGACUGUUACGAAGCAGUUUAUAACCUGGAUUCCACCCCAUCACCCCCUGUUGAUUUUUUUUUCCUCCCUGGAUGCAAAUAUUCCCUCCAAUUCAAGGCUGUGAAUCUGAUUCUCCUACAUAAAGUGUUUUCUUUUGUUUUCUUUUCCAAA